AUGGCGGAGAGUGGAGAGAUGCCGGCGAGGAGGAAACCAUCGGAAGAUGAGAAAGUGGCUUUCUACAAGGUGUUUGGGUUUGCGGAUAGGGUUGAUGUAGCGUUGAUGAUCGUCGGAGCAUUAGGCGCCGUCGCCAUUGGGGCGGCGCAACCUCUCGUCUCGUUUCUCUUCGGCGAUGUCAUUAACGCUUUCGCCAAAUCGAUUGGUAGCGAUGACGUUCUUGCUAACGUUUCCAAGGUAUCCCUUAAAUUCUUUUACGUUGCUGUUGGUGGUGGUAUUGGUUCUUUUACACAGAUGGCAUGCUGGACGGCUACAGCAGAAAGGCAGGCAGCCCGGAUCCGAGAAUUGUAUUUGCAUACCAUAUUAAGACAAGACAUUGGCUUCUUUGACACUGAGGCUAAAACUGGAGAGAUUGUUGGAAGAUUGUCUGAUGACAUUCUACUUAUUCGAGAAGCCAUUGGUGAUAAGGUUGGGAAGUUUAUUCAAUUUGCAACAACAUUCAUUGGAAGCUUUGUGGCAGCAAUGGUGAAAGGAUGGCUUCUCACUCUUGUCAUGCUUGCAUGCCUGCCUGCACUUGGAAUUGGCAUAGCAUUUUCGAUAUAUACCAUGUCGAAAAUGUCUAGCAAUGUUCAAGUUGCAUAUACUGAAGCCGGAAAUGUGGUGGAACAAACUGUAGGGGGAAUUAGAACGGUUGUGUCUUACACCGGGGAGGAACAAGCAAUUCAAAGAUACAAUACAAAGCUUCAAGAAGCCUAUGCUGCUAGUGUCAAGCAAGGGAUGGCUUCGGGAUUUGGAAUUGGUAUUAUAUUGUGCAUUGUCUUUUCUUCGUAUGGAUUUGCCAUUUGGUAUGGAGCUAUAUUGAUCUUGAAGAAAGGAUAUGAAGGUGGAGACGUCAUGAGUGUCCUUGUAGCUGUUAUGAUGGGUGGAGGUUCAUUAGGUCAGGUAUCUCCUUGCCUGAGUGCAUUUGCAGCAGGCCAAGCUGCAGCAUAUAAGGUGUUUGAAACUAUUAAGCGUAUACCACAAAUCGAUGCAUAUGACCCUAACGGGAUUGUGUUGGAAGAUAUCAAGGGAGAAAUCGAACUGAAAGAUGUGUUCUUCAAGUACCCAGCCAGACCGGACGUUCAAAUUUUUUCUGGAUUCUCUCUAUAUGUUCCGAGUGGAAAAACCGUAGCUUUAGUUGGACCAAGCGGGAGUGGGAAAUCGACGGUUAUUAGUUUAUUAGAAAGAUUUUAUGACCCUCAAGGUGGAGGUGUAUAUUUGGAUGGCAUUGAUGUAAGGAAAUUUCAAAUCAAGUGGUUUAGGGCACAAAUGGGGCUUGUAAGUCAAGAACCUGCUUUGUUUGCAACUAGCAUACGAGAGAACAUAAUAUGUGGAAAAGGGUAUGCGUCUAAAGAAGAGAUUAGAAACGCGAUUGAGCUUGCUAAUGCUGCAAAAUUUAUCGACAUGCUUCCCAAGGGGGUUGACACAAUGGUAGGCCAACACGGUACUCAGAUAUCCGGAGGACAAAAGCAAAGAAUUGCCAUUGCCAGGGCGAUUUUGAAAAACCCGAAAAUCCUUCUUCUUGAUGAAGCAACGAGUGCUUUGGAUGUCGAAUCUGAACGCAUUGUUCAAGGUGCCCUUACGAAUGUUAUGAAAAGCAGGACAACCGUGGUUGUAGCCCAUCGCCUAAGUACUAUUAGAAAUGCUGACCUCAUCGCAGUUGUCCAUCUCGGUAAACUCAUAGAGCAAGGAACUCAUGAUGAACUGAUGAAAAACCCCGAUGGAGCUUAUUCCCAGCUAGUUCAGAUGCAAGAAAGGAGUAAAGAGGUUGACAGCACUACUCAGAAGGAAAUACAAAAAGGAAACGAUAAAUAUAUGGAUAGUUCAAGUAGGAGGCUGUCUGUCUCGAGCAGAAGAUUGUCUCUAAAGAGAUCGACGAGCAUAAGGUCAUUAAGUAAUCUAUCAUCCCUUACGCUUAGCUUUGGAGUUACGGGGGUGGUUGACAUCCACGACAGGUUGGGAUCGGAGGGAAGUAUAGAAAUCGGAGGGGACAAGAACAAGGAACACACUAGUCCAUUGACAUCUCUAGCCUCGCUAAAUAAACCCGAAAUUCCAGUAUUGCUAGUUGGGUCGAUUGCUGCAGCCAUACAUGGUGUAUUUUUCCCUCUGCUUGGACUAUUGAUGUCAACAAUUAUUAAAAUCUUUUUCGAACCUCCAGAAGAGCUAAAGAAGGGUUCCAGGUUUUGGGCACUUAUGUCCGUAGUUCUUGGAGUCGUUGCACUGAUAACUGGACCGGCACAACAUUACUUGUUUGGAGUUGCAGGCUCGAAACUAAUACAGCGGAUUCGUUCCAUGACUUUUGCAAAGGUGGUUCACCAAGAUAUCAGCUGGUUCGACGAUCCUGCUAAUACAAGUGGGGCAGUCGGUGCAAGGCUAUCUACUGAUGCUUCAAUCGUGAGAAAUAUAGUGGGAGACGCAUUAGCUUUGGUUGUUCAAAAUUUAGCAACUCUGGUAUCCGGUUUGACGAUAGCCUUUUAUGCGAAUUGGAGGCUAACUCUCAUUAUUUUGGCUACUAUACCGCUAAUAGCUUUUCAAGAAUUUAUAACAACAAAGGUCUUCAAUAAAUCCAUUGUUGACGACAAGGUGAUGUAUGAAGAUGCCAGUCAGGUUGCAAACGAUGCUAUUGGGAGUAUUAGAACUGUUGCAUCAUUUUGUGCUGAAGAUGAGGUAAUGGAAAUGUACAGAAGAAAAUGUAAAGCCCCAAGGAAACACGGUUUCAAGCUUGGACUUCUGAGUGGGACUGGUUUAGGCUUUGGUAAUCUUAUAAUAUACUCCACAUAUGCCUUAGCUUUCUACCUUGGAGCGGUUUUUGUAAACCAUGGCAACGCAACGGUCUAUGAAGUGUUCAAGGUUGUCUUCUCUCUAGUUCUUUCAUCCACCGGAUUUUCCCAGUUCAGCACUUUCUUUUCCGACUUCAAGAAAUCCAAGGAGUCGGCUGCUUCUAUAUUUGAAAUGUUUGAAAACAAACCCGCCAUAGAUUCGAGAAGCAAUGAAGGUAUUGUGUUGGGCACUGUCAAAGGUGACAUUGAGUUUCGUCACGUCAGCUUUAGAUAUCCAUCGAGGCCAGAUAUUGAAAUCUUUAAAGAUCUGUGCUUGACUAUUCCUGCAGGAAAGACUGUUGCCCUUGUUGGAGAAAGUGGCAGUGGGAAGUCCACUGUGAUAAGCCUAACAGAGAGGUUUUAUGAUCCCAACAGUGGCUGCAUAUACCUAGAUGGGGUUGAAAUCCAAAACCUCAACCUAAGAUGGUUAAGGAAACAAAUGGGACUGGUUAGCCAAGAGCCCGUUUUGUUCAACGAAACGAUUCGUUCAAACAUCGCCUAUGGCAGGCAAGAAGAAGUAUCCGAGGACGAGAUCAUCACAGUGGCAAAGGCUGCUAAUGCACACAGCUUCAUUUCAUCGUUGCCCGAGGGCUAUGACACCCCGGUUGGAGAACGAGGGGUUCAGUUAUCGGGUGGCCAGAAGCAACGAAUAGCCAUUGCAAGGGCAAUACUAAAAGACCCGAGAAUCCUUCUUCUGGACGAGGCGACAAGCGCGUUGGACGUGCAGUCUGAGCGCACAGUGCAAGACGCGUUGGACCGAGUGAUGGUUUGCAGAACGACCAUCGUUGUUGCUCAUCGGCUAACCACGAUCCGAGAUGCUGAUCUGAUUGCAGUAGUGAAAAAUGGAGGUAUUGUUGAGAAUGGGACACAUGAUAUGCUCAUGACAAGGACUGAUGGGGUGUAUGCAUCUUUGGUUGCACUUCAGACAACCUCAGCUAAUUAGACAACUUUUUUUACUUGAAUGAUGCAGAUUUUAGAACUUAUAGUAAAGUUUUAAACUUUAAAAUUUGUAAAUAUAAAGUAUUGAAUUUUUGAAGUAGAGUCACAACAUUUGGACUAUGCUAUUAUUUAUAAAUAAAAAAAAAAAAAACAAGUUAAUUUCAA